UUUGCGAGGGGGGGGGGCGGCGGCGGCGAAAGGAGAAUAAUUUUUUUAAGAGGGGAAGCGCCAAACCGAGGCAAACGCGCGCAGCCCUCGCCACGUGCGCGCCGCGGUAGGAGCGAGUGGGAGACUUAAAUCCAGCCGUCGGAAAAAGGGCGUGAGCGGAAAAGGGAGCAAACUCGAGGAAAAGGGACUUCAUCGUAGACGGGCGGACGAGACCGGAGGGAUGUGGCUAGCGGGGCUGUGUUUGUGGGUCGGUGGGGCUCUGGCGUGGGCGCCCGCGCAGCCCCGCAGCCUGUAUCGCCCCUUCAACUUGAGUUCUCUAGCGGCGCUCUCGGCUCCCUUCAAGCCGGUCGCCUCCGGGACGUUGUUGUCGGAAUCGCCCGCGGCGGCGGGCAACAAAGUGGAGAAACUCGGGCGGGCUUUCAAGCGGCAGGUGAGGCAGCUGCGGGAGAAGAGCGGCCGCUUGGAACUGGUCUUCUUGGUGGACGAGUCGUCGAGCGUGGGCCAGGCUAACUUUCUCAGCGAGCUGCGCUUCGUCAAGAAGCUGCUCUCCGACUUCCCGGUCGUGCCGACGGCCACGCGGGUGGCCAUCGUGACCUUCUCCUCCAAGAACAACGUGGUGCCACGCGUGGACUACAUCUCGCCUCCCACGCGGGCGCAGCAGCGGCAGCACAAGUGCGCCCUACUCAGCCGUGAAAUCCCGGCCAUCGGCUACCGAGGGGGCGGCACUUACACCAAGGGGGCUUUCCAGCAAGCCGCGCAAAUAUUGGUUCACUCCCGCAUAAAUGCUACCAAAGUAAUAUUUUUGAUUACGGAUGGAUAUUCCAAUGGAGGGGAUCCUCGUCCCGUUGCAGCAUCUUUGCGUGACUUUGGAGUAGAAAUCUUCACAUUUGGGAUAUGGCAAGGCAAUAUCAGAGAGCUGAAUGACAUGGCUUCUCACCCAAAGGAGGAACACUGUUACUUGCUCCACAGUUUUGCAGAGUUUGAAGCUUUAGCACGCAGAGCUCUCCAUGAAGACUUGCCUUCUGGAAGUUACAUUCAGGAAGAUAUAGCAUACUGCUCCUAUCUUUGUGAGGGGACUGAAAAUUGUUGUGAUACCAUGGCAAGCUGCAAGUGUGGUACUCACACAGGACACUUUGAGUGUAUCUGUGAAAAGGGAUACUAUGGCAAAGGACUACAGCAUGAAUGUACAGCCUGUCCAUCUGGAACUUACAAGCCUGAAGGAUCACCAGGUGGGAUAAGCACCUGCACCUCAUGUCCUGAUGAGAAUCACACUUCUUCACCAGGAAGUACUUCUAUGGAGGACUGUAUAUGCAAGGAAGGGUAUCGUCCUAGAGGUAAAUCGUGUGAAGUGGUCCACUGCCCUGAGCUGCAGCCUCCAGAAAACGGUUAUUUUAUCCAGAAUGUCUGCAACAAUUACUUCAAUGCCGCUUGUGGAAUUCGAUGUAAAACAGGAUUUGAUCUUGUUGGAAGUAGCAUACGACUGUGCCAGCCAAAUGGUGCCUGGUCUGGUUCAGAGACGACUUGCAGGGUUCGCACAUGCCCCAAACUCUCAACCCCUGAAAACGGCCAUAUUAAUUGCUCAUUAAGUGAGAUCUCUUAUAAGACUGUGUGCUUAUUCACUUGCAACGAAGGCUACGAACUGGAAGGCCAUACCAAACUUACCUGUCAAGGCAACUCUCAGUGGGAUGGGAAGGAACCAAAAUGUGUUGAGUUGCACUGUCCUGCAUUCCUAAAACCAAAAGGUGUUAUUGUUCACCCUUAUAUUUGUGGGCUUGAACAAUCAAAAUAUGGAACUAAGUGCAGGCUCAGUUGUCCAAAUGGAUUCCUUUUGUCUGGUGUAACAAAAGACCUGAGGUGUUUACACACUGGAAAAUGGAGUGAAAAUGUGCAGAUAGCUUUUUGUAAAGAUAUUGAACCUCCACAAAUUAGCUGUCCAAAUGAUAUUGAAACAUCAACUCUGGAAAACCAAAAUUCAGCAAAUAUUAGCUGGCAAAUUCCAGAUGCAGUUGAUAAUUCUGGAGACGAGGUGUUAGUUCAGGUUACUCCAGCCUUUAUACCACCCUACCUUUUCCCAAUUGGAGAAGUUGACAUUACAUAUACAGCAACUGACAGAGCUGGCAAUGAAGCAAGCUGCUCUUUCAAGAUCAAAGUGAUUGACAUUGAACCCCCAGUAAUUGAUGAAUGCAGAUCUCCACUACCAAUUCAAAUCACUGAGAAGGAGCACAGAGUAAAGUGGGAUGAGCCACAGUUUUCAGACAAUUCAGGAUCUGCCUUAAUGAUAACUAAAACUCACUCACCUGGAGAUCUCUUUCCCAAAGGAGAAACACUGGUUCGGUAUACAGCCACUGACUUGGCUGGAAAUAACAGGACCUGUGAGAUUAACAUUGUCAUAAGAGGUUCUCCUUGUGAAAUUCCCUUUACUCCGCUGAAUGGUGAUUUUAAAUGCACUGAAAGUGGGUCAGGAGUUAAUUGCACAUUACUUUGCAUGGAGGGAUAUGAUUUCACAACAGGUUCCAAUGAAAAUUACUACUGUGCCUAUGCAGAUGGUAUCUGGAAUCCUCCUUACUCCAAUCAGUGGCCUGACUGUUCUUUGAAUCGUUUGGCAAAUCACGGUUUUAAAUCCUUUGAAAUGUUGUACAAAGCAACACGAUGUGAUGACAAUAAUCUGCUUAAAAAUUUUGUGGAAGUUUUUCAAAGUGCACUUGGCAAAAUGGUUCCAUCUUUUUGCAAUGACGUUGAUGACAUUGACUGCAGGUUUGAGGAUCUGCCACAGAAACAUUGCUUAGAAUAUAAUUACGACUAUGAAAAUGGCUUUGCAAUUGGUCCUGGUGGCUGGGGUGCCAUAAAUCGGCUGGAUUACUCUUACGAUGAUUUUGUUGAAGUAGAUUCUGAAGAGCAACUACCUAAAUUACCAUCUGAUUCUAUGGAUGUGGCAAACUCCCGGGUCAAAAGACACAAAAAAAUAAAUAUGCCCAUGUCAGACCACAAAAUAAAGUUAAUUUUUAAUAUCACUGCUACUGUACCACUGCCUGACAAACGCAAUGAUUCUCUGGAAGCAGAAAACCAGCAGCGCCUGCUAAAAACACUAGAGAGGAUCACAAAUAGAUUGAAAAGAACUCUCAACAAGCAUCCCAUGUAUUCUUUUCAGUUGUCUUCUGAGUUGCUUAUAGCUGACAUCAAUUCUCUAGAAGCUGAAAAAGCUUUUCUUUUCUGCAAACCGGGCUCUGUUCUACGGGGGCGAAUGUGUGUUAACUGUCCUUUGGGUACUUACUAUUCUCUGGAACAUCAUGCAUGUGAAAGUUGCUGGAUCGGAUCAUAUCAAGAUGAGGAAGGACAGCUAGAAUGUAAAAAUUGUCCAUCUAACACUUAUACUGAAUAUCUCCAUUCCAGAAGCAUAUUAGAAUGCAAAGCUCAGUGCAAGCCGGGAACCUCUUCUCCAAAUGGCCUUGAGAUCUGUGAAUCAUGUCCCUUUGGCAAAUAUCAGCCUACCACUGGAUCUAAGAACUGCCUUUCUUGUCCAGAAAAUAUGUCAACAGUCAAAAGAGGAGCUGUGGAUAUAUCAGCAUGUGGAGUUCCUUGCCCAACUGGAGAAUUCUCACGUUCUGGUUUAAUGCCGUGUCAUCCUUGUCCCAGGGACUAUUACCAACCUGAUCCAGGAAAGUCCUAUUGCUUAUCUUGUCCAUUUUAUGGAACAACGACAAUCAUUGGAGCCAGAUCUAUAGCAGACUGCUCAAGUUUUGGCUCUACUUUUUCUGCAGCGGAGGAGAGUGUGGUGCUUCCAGUUGCUCCAGAAAAUAUCAGCAAGGACCCCAAAGUCAGCAGCCAGAUAUUCCAUGAAUGUUUCCUACAACCAUGCCAUAACAGUGGAACUUGCAAACAGGUUGGAAGUGGUUAUAUUUGCAUAUGCCCACCAGGAUAUGCAGGAUUAAAAUGUGAAAAAGAGAUUGAUGAAUGCAAGUCAUCUCCCUGUCUCAACAAAGGGAUUUGCAAGGAUGGCACUGCAGCAUUCAUUUGCCAGUGUCAGCCAGGCUACUCAGGCUUACUAUGUGAAGAAAAUAUAAAUGAAUGCAAUUCAAAUCCUUGUCUGAAUAAAGCAGUCUGUGUUGAUGAUAUUAAUUCUUACCACUGCUUGUGUCCAGAAGGCUUCACAGGUACUCACUGUGAAGCAGAGGUAAAUGAAUGUCUUUCAAAUCCCUGCUUCAACAAAGCUACCUGUGAAGAUCAGGUUGCAGGUUUCCAUUGCAAGUGCUUGCCUGGAUUUAUUGGUGCUCUGUGCGAAAAAAACAUUAAUGAAUGUCUCAGUAGACCUUGUAAAAACGGAGCCGCAUGCAAAGAUGGAAUCAAUGGUUAUAGGUGUCACUGUGUUACAGGAUAUACAGGGCCCCAAUGUGAAGUGAACAUUAAUGAAUGUGAAUCCAAUCCCUGUGAAAAUCAAGGAACCUGUAUGGAUGCCUUGAACUCGUACGUUUGUAAAUGUCCUCCUGGCUUUACAGGCAGCCGUUGUGAAACAGAGCAGUCUUCUGGAUUUAACUUGGAUUUUGAAGUCUCUGGAAUUUAUGGCUACGUUUUGCUUGAUGGUGUCCUCCCCUCACUCAAUGAGAUCACAUGUGCCUUUUGGAUGAAAUCCUCCGAUACUACAAAUUAUGGGACUCCAAUCUCUUAUGCAGUGGAAAAUGGAAGUGACAAUGCAUUCUUGAUUACAGAUUACAACGGGUGGGUACUGUAUGUUAAUGGGAAGGAAAGCAUUACAGAUUGCCCUUCUGUGAAUGAUGGCAAUUGGCAUCAUAUUGCUGUGACUUGGGCAAGUGGAGACGGCGCCUGGGGAGUGUACAUCGAUGGAAAAUUGUCUGAUGGAGGGAGUGGCUUAUCUGUGGGAACAGAAAUCCCUGGUGGAGGUGCAUUAGUACUGGGACAGGAGCAAGAUCAAAGAGGAGAAGGCUUUAAUCCAGCUGAGUCUUUUGUUGGCUCAAUUAGCCAGCUGAACAUUUGGGGUUAUGCUCUGCCUCCUGAACAGGUGAAGUCCUUGGCUACAUCUUGUCCAGAGAAUCUCCAGAAAGGCAACGUAUUAGCUUGGCCGGAUUUUCUUCCUGGGGUUGUUGGAAGAGUGAAGAUAGAUCCCAGGAGCAUAUUCUGUGCUGAUUGCCAACCUUUAGAAGGAUCCAUUCCCCACCUGAAAACUUCAUCAGCUACUUUAAAGCCAGGAUCAAAAAUCUUUCUCUACUGUGAUACCGGUUUCCACAUAGUGGGAAAUUCUGUCUUACAUUGUCUAAAUUUAGGACAGUGGGCACAACCUCUUCCACAUUGUGAAAGAAUUAGUUGUGGAGAACCUCCACCUUUAGAACAUGGAUUUUAUUCGGCUGAGGAUUUCUUUGCUGGAAGCUCUGUAACCUACCAGUGCAACAGUGGUUAUUACUUGUUGGGAGACUCAAGGAUGCUGUGUACAGACAAUGGAAGCUGGAACAUUAUUUCACCAUCUUGCCUUGAUGUUGAUGAAUGUGCAGUUGGUUCAGACUGUGACUCCCAUGCUUCUUGCCUUAAUACAAAUGGGUCCUACAUAUGUACCUGCAUUCACCCAUAUACAGGAGACGGCAAGAAAUGUGCAGAACCUGUAAAAUGCAAACACCCAGAAGAUCCUGAACAUGGUCGCUCGCAUGGAGUCAGCUACACUGUUGGUAGCGAAAUCAGGUUUUCAUGUGAAAAGGGCUACCAGCUAAAAGGAGCGAGUCAAGUUACAUGUUUGGAAUCUGGGGAAUGGAGCCAUCUGAUACCAUUCUGCGAAGCUAUUUCCUGUGGUAUUCCACCCCACCCUAAAAAUGGUGCAAUCGAUGGCUCCAGAUUUACAUUUGGUAGUAGAGUAAUGUUCAGAUGUGAAGAAGGAUAUGUUUUAGUGGGUGAAGCAGAAGCAACUUGUCUAGCGAAUGGCAGAUGGAACCAUUCUUCUCCGUUUUGUGAAUUAGUACAAUGUUCCCUCCCAAAAGAAAUAAAGAAUGGAAAAUAUAUUGCAAACGGUGUAAUGUACCUUUCUAAUGUAUCUUACACGUGUGACAUGGGGUACAGUCUGCAAGGACCAUCUGUACUUGUAUGUGAAGCUUUAGGUAACUGGAGCAGCUCACCUCCAGAUUGUGAAAUCGUUUCUUGUGGCCUUCCUCCAGUAAUUAAAGAUGCUGUUGUUACUGGAAACAACUUUACCUUUGGGAAUACAGUCACUUAUACGUGUAAGGAAGGCUACACAUUACUCGGCCCUGACACUGUGUCAUGUUUGUCCGAUGGCAAGUGGAACCUCAGUCAACAACAGUGUGUGGCAGUAUCCUGUGAUGAGCCGCCUCCCGUGGAACAUGCUUCUCCAGAGAGUGGUCACCGAUUAUUUGGUGACAUAGCGAUCUACUAUUGCUCUGAUGGGUACAGUCUGGCUGGCAAUUCCCAGUUACUUUGUAAUGCCCAGGGCAAAUGGAUGCCCCUGGCAAACCAAGAUAUUCCUGAAUGCAUAGCCGACUUCUGCGAGAGACCAGAGUCUGUAUCGUACAGCAUCUUGGAAUCCUCAAACAAGGCCAGAUUUUCAGCUGGGUCAGUUGUGAGCUUCAAGUGCACGGAAGGUUUCGUUUUAAACACAUCUGCUAAAAUAGAAUGUGUCCGAGGUGGUCAGUGGAACCCGUCUCCCUUGGCGAUCCAGUGCAUCCCCGUUCGUUGUGGAGAACCAGCAAGCAUUGCCAAUGGGUAUUCAAUUGGCACCAAUUACAGUUUUGGGGCCAUUGUGGCUUAUAGUUGUAUUAGAGGCUACUAUAUUAAAGGAGAGAAGAAGAGAACAUGUGAAGCAACAGGAACUUGGAGUGGUACUGUGCCAACCUGUCAUCCAGUGUCCUGUGGUGAGCCACUAAAACUUGCAAAUGGAAUGAUUAAGAAUAUGACAGGACGUUCCUUUGGAAGUGAGGUGACAUACCAAUGUAAUGAAGGUUACCAGUUGAUUGGAAGUUCAAGGUUAUUUUGCCAGUCAAAUCGUCAAUGGUACAGUGAAGCACCACCUUCUUGUGUGAUCCUCAAUUGUGGAGAACCACCUAGCUUCCAACAUGGAUUCAGCAAGGGAAAAAAAUUUGAAGUGGGAGCCAAAGUCAGUUUUUUUUGUGUUGAAGGCUAUGAACUGAUUGGAGAUGUUUCUUGGACCUGUCAGAAAUCAGGAAUGUGGAACAAAAAACAAAGCCCUCAAUGCAUCCCAACUAAGUGUCCAGAGCCACCAUUAACUGCGAAUCAACUUGUCUUGAAGGAGAUGGCUGAUCAAGUAGGGAUAGUACAGUUGUCAUGCAGAGAAGGCCUUAUUUUGUAUGGUGCUUCCAUCCUGAGAUGUUUGUCAUCCCAACAGUGGAAUGACACUUUUCCUGUCUGCAAAAUGGUACUCUGUCGUAGACCUCCUUAUAUUCCUUUUGGGGACCCUGUGGUGUCUUCUCUGCAUUUUGGUAGCACAGUGAGCUACACGUGUAUGGAUGGAUUUUUGCUCAAGGGAACAUCUACCAUUAUUUGCCAAGCAGAUGGUACAUGGAGUUCUCCACUUCCAGAAUGCAUUCCUGUGGAAUGCCCGCAGCCAGAGGAAAUUCAGAAUGGUAUUGUAGAUGUGCAAGGCCUCACCUAUCUCAGCACGGCACUAUAUAGUUGUAAACCAGGUUUUGAAUUAAUGGGAAACACAACAAUUCUUUGUGGAGAAGAUGGACGUUGGCUUGGAGGAGAGCCUUCUUGCAAUCCCAUUGAAUGCUCCAAACCCAGGGUGAUUAAGAAUGGUCGGUAUUCAUAUGUUGAUCUACACUACACACACACAGUUACCUAUUCAUGUGACAGAGGAUUCCGACUUGAGGGGCAGAGAGUCCUAACCUGCCUGGAAACAAGGGAGUGGGAUACAAAGGCUCCAUCUUGCAGAGCAAUUAAUUGUGAUCCUCCUCAGCCUAUUGAGAAUGGGUUUGUAGAAGGCGCAGAUUACAGCUAUGGUGCCAUGGUUAUAUACAGCUGUAUUCCAGGAUUCCAGCUUUCUGGUCUUGCUAUGCAGAUCUGUGAGGAAUCAGGAUGGUCUAGUGUUAGUCCAGUUUGUCUGCCAACAGACUGUGGCCUUCCUCCCCAUAUAGACUUUGGGGGAUAUGUAACGAUCAGCAGUGAAGAAAAGCAUUUCGGCCAAGAAGAUGUAUUUGAAGAGACCUUCCUUAAAGCUAGCCAAACUCAUUUAUCUCCCAAAGAAACACAACAUUCCUCAAAAGCCAUUAAUAGUUUGCCACUAUCUAGCUAUUUAUAUGGGACUACAGUGUUGUAUAGUUGCUAUUUGGGCUAUGAACUCUUAGGACAUUCCGUGCUAGCUUGCCAAGAAGAUGGAAUGUGGAAUGGUAGUGCUCCUGCCUGCAUUUCCAUUCAAUGCGAACUACCACUGUUUCCAGAAAAUGGUUUUGUACAUUUUACAGAGAACACUGUUGGUAGUACGGUGAAAUAUACUUGUAACCCAGGGUACAAGCUGAUUGGAUCAAAUACAAGAUACUGUAUGUCUGGUAGGCAGUGGAGUGAUUCAACACCAACCUGCGAAAUAAUAUCAUGUGCAGUACCUAGCAGACCCAUGAAUGGCAUAGUAAAAGGAAAAUCUUAUACCUAUGGUAGUGUGGUCCAAUAUGAUUGUGAUCAUGGGUUUCAGCUAAAUGGUUUACAUAAGAGAACCUGCCAGUCUGAUCAAAAAUGGGAUGGAAAUGAGCCACUGUGCCUUCCCAUUUCCUGUGGACAAGCUCCCCAUUUAGAGAACGGUGAAGUGAACGGAGAAGAAUACACUUUCCAAAACCAUAUUGAGUACAGGUGCAAUGAAGGUUUCCUGCUGGAAGGGGAUUGGAAGAGAGUUUGUCUUGCAGAUGGAUACUGGAGCGGGAACACUCCAGUGUGUAGGCCAGUCCAGUGUUCUGAACCAGUGAAACUUGUUCAUGGCCAGAUAAUCGGAUCAGAAUUUGGCGUUGGAAAGAGAAUUAGGUUUUUCUGUGAUGAAGGGUAUAUAUUGCAUGGCACACACUCUUGUACCUGCCAGGCUAAUGGAACAUGGGAUAAAGGACCUCCAUUCUGUGAACCUGUCAACUGUGGGCCUCCUGAGGACAUCUCUCAUGGUUUCCUGAAUGGUUCUGUCUUCAGCUUUGGGGAAUACGUAGAGUAUGUUUGCUUCCCUGGUUAUGUGUUGCAAGGUAACCCAGUGAGGCAAUGUCAGUCAAAUGGUUUGUGGAGUGGAAGACCCUCUUCUUGCCUGCUUUGUGAGUGUCCUAUACCCACCAUUCAGAAUGGAAUAGUUACAGGGAACCAUUUUGGCUGUGGCCAGAAGAUAGAAUUUCAAUGUCUAGAAGGUUUCAAAUUGCUAGGACCUUCAGAAAUCACAUGUGAAGCUAUUGGCAGAUGGAGUUCGGGCUUUCCGCAUUGCGGGCUGGUUUCCUGUGGCCCUCCACCCAUGAUUCCCUAUGCAUUUAUCAAUGGAGGCAGUUCAGUGGAUCAAAACACCAUAAUUUAUGAUUGUGAGAUGGGUUAUGUGAUGCAAGGAAACUCGGAAUUGACUUGUACAGAAAGAGGAGUCUGGAGUAGGCCAUACCCAAAUUGCACGUUACUGACCUGUGGACCACCACCUACCGUGCCUCAUGCAGUUGCUUUUGGAGAAUCUCAAGACUAUGGAAGUAAAGUUCAGUACAGAUGUCUGGAGGGUUAUAUGAUAGAGACAGAAGUGGAUAUAUGCACGUGUCAGGAAGAUGGGCACUGGUUCCCUAACACUAUUUCUUGUUGCCCCACAAAAUGUCCCAUGCCACCAAAUAUAACCAAUGUUAUUAUUUCUGGUACUGAAUUUACUGUGAAUAAAAGCAUUACCUUAUCGUGUCCAGAAGGUUAUCUUUUGAUGGGUACCAGCACUUCCAUUUGCCAGCAUAAUGGGACCUGGGUACCAUUAUUUUCAAAUGAGAUCUGCACUCUGGUCUCCUGUGGAAAACCCGAAGCUCCCGAAUACGGGGUUGUGAUUGGCAACCAAUACAAUUACAAAGAUACUGUCCUUUAUAAAUGCAAUUUAGGUUAUGAAUUAGAGGGUGAUGCAGAACGCAUCUGUCAAGGAGAUAAAUUAUGGAGUGGAGUAACACCAGUGUGUAAAAGCAUAAGAUGUGAAGCCCCUCCAACAGUACAAAAUGCAUUUUCCAUAGCCACAGAAAAUAUGUACAGAAGUAAUAUAUAUUUUGUAUGCAAUUUCGGGUAUCACUUACGUGGACUGGAGAACAUCACCUGCUUGGCCAAUGGAUCCUGGAGUCAACCCCUUCCAACAUGUGAAGAAACCAGAUGUGAAGAUCCAGAUUUGAUUGAGAAUGGAAACGUUGUCUCUGAAAAUAAUACAGUUGGCAGCAGAACUGCGUAUUACUGCAAUAGGGGUUAUAGUUUGGAAGGCGAACAGAUUGCAGAAUGCACAGAAGCUGGAAUAUGGAGCCACCCAACACCUUCAUGCAAACCAAAUCCGUGCCCUGUACCUAUUAUAAUCCCAGAAAAUGCCAUUCUCUCAGAAACAACUUUUUAUGUUGGGCAAGAGGUGUUUAUCAAAUGCAGAGAAGGCUAUCAGCUUCAGGGACAAUCUGUGAUUAGCUGUAAUCCUGAUGAGGUCUGGACUCCAACCAAAGCUAAAUGUGAGAGGAUCUCUUGUGGGCCACCUGCUCAUGUAGAACAUGCUUUGGUACGUGGAACAUUUUAUCAAUAUGGAGAUAUGGUGACCUACUCAUGCUACAGUGGAUACAUGCUAGAGGGCUCCCUUCGAAGUGUCUGCUUAGAAAACGGAACCUGGGCGGGAACCCCAGCUUGCAAAGCUGUUUGCCGGUUCCCAUGUCAGAAUGGGGGUGUUUGUGAGAGGCCAAAUGUUUGUUCCUGUCUUGAGGGUUGGAUGGGACGCCUCUGUGAAGAGCCCAUCUGCAUCCUGCAUUGUCUGAAUGGAGGUCGAUGUGUGGCCCCUUACCAAUGUGAUUGCCCAACUGGAUGGACUGGCUCACGCUGCCAUCAAGCUGUUUGCCACUCUCCAUGCUUAAAUGGUGGGAAAUGUAUACGACCAAACCGAUGCCAUUGUACUUCACCAUGGACUGGACAUGACUGCUCUAGAAAGCGGAAAUCUGGAUUCCACCACUUUUAAUUUAAGAGCAAAAGCUACGAAGACUCUGAUUCCAAUCCAGUGGAUUUUGGUAC